GUUGUUGGAUGAAUUGGUGUUGAUGAGAUUCUGGUGUUGGAUGAAUUGGUGUGGCUGAAUUGGUGCCUGCCAGAGAUUCUGGUGUUGGAUGAAUUGGUGCUGAUGAGAUUCUGGUGUUGGAUGAAUUGGUGUGGAUGAAUUGGUGUGGAUGAAUUGGUGCUGAUGAAUUGCUGUCUGCUAGAGAUUCUGGUGUUGGAUAAAUUGGUGUUGAUGAGAUUCUAGUGUUGGAUGAAUUGGUGCUGAUGAAUUUCUGCCUGCCAGAGAUUCUGGUGUUGGAUGAAUUGGUGUUGGAUUAAUUGGUGCUGCUGAGAUUCUGGUGUUGGAUGAAUUGGUGCUGAUGAAUUGGUGCUGAUGAAUUGGUGCUGAUGACUUGCUGCCUGCCUCGCACUCACCACGGCCUCCCCUCCAUCCGCAGGGCAUGAGAGCAGGGCUGCAGCCCCUGAGCCAUGCGCUGAGCUGGGCACAGCCCCCCGGCAGCCAUGGCCCAGUCCCGGGCCAACGGCUCGCACUACGCGCUGACGGCCAUCGGGCUGGGCAUGCUGGUGCUGGGCAUCAUCAUGGCCGUGUGGAACCUGGUGCCCGGCUUCGGGCCCCCCGAGAAACCCGGCGGCAACAGCAGCAAACCCGACCGCGGCUCCGGGGGCAUCCUCAAGAGCAAAACCUUCUCGGUGGCCUACGUGCUGGUGGGGGCCGGGCUGCUGCUGCUGCUGCUCUCCCUGUGCCUCAACGUGCGCGACAAGAAGCGGCAGAGCCAGGAGCUCGCCAUCGCCCACGUGCAGCGCCAGGUGUCCGCAGAGCCCUCGCAGCAGGAGGACAGCCAAGAAGAGGAUGAAGACGUCUCCUCCCAGUACUACGUGCCCAGUUAUGAGGAGGUGAUGAACACGGGCUACUCCGAGCCCAGAGACUCGGACAGGAGCGCCAGGCUCAGCGUCUCCCUGCCCUCCUACGAGUCCCUGGCAGGGCUGGAGGAGGGCAGCCAGGCUCCAGGAGCAGCAGGCACAGAGCCUGGCACGGAGAGGCCGCCCAGCAGGCACAGCUCCCGCCUCAGCAAGCGCCUCAAACCCCUCAAGGUCCGCAGGAUCAAGUCGGAGAAGCUGCACCUGAAGGACAUCAGGUUAAACCUGGCACAGGGCAACAGCAGCGUCCCUAUCACGAUAGAGCCCCUCACCCCUCCACCCAAGUAUGAGGAGAUCCAGGAGAAAAUGCCAGUGAGCCAGCAAAUGCCUUAAAACAAACAAACAAACAGGAAUCUGUGAUGCUGCUUGGUUGAGGGUUUUCUAGAACCCACCGUGCCAAGAGGGGUUUGGUGUGUGGGUGCAGAAGCAGCUCCCUGGAAGCUGCCACGUGGAGGAUGUGCUGUGCCACAAGGAUGGGACUCGUUUUUCCUGGGACUGGGUUGUACAAAAGACUGUGGGGAAAGAAACCUGAACACCACAAGCUCUGCUGCUGUGAAGUAAAUGAAGGCUGGACAUGCCAAAAGUGUCACCUGUGGUGUUUGGUACGAGACCAUCCCGUGCAUCCUCUCAUCUCCUCUCCCCUUCCCUCUCAGCAAGACUUUUACAAGCCACCAAACUGAUAUUGCAGAAGGAUUUUCCAAGUGGAAAAGUGAAAUGUUUCUUUUUUUGGGUGUCUUUUCUUUCUGAGGAAGGCGACGCGCGUUGCCAGAGCAGCACCAUGGAUUUCCCUGGCUCCCAACUGGGCUGGGCUGGUGGCCCAGAGCCAGCCCUGAUUCCUGCCAAGGUCUCUGCUGGCUGGUGGGAAGCAGCUGAAAGGGGCCUCCUGCUCCUCAGGGAGAGGAUGGAUUUCUUGCCUCUGUUGCUUUCCCUGAUGUGUUUUGUGCUCCAUUCGAGGCGAGUGGGUGACUCUGGGGGGUUGGGAGCUGCAUGCACCAGUGCCAGGGGUGAAACCACUGCUGAGCAUCCUGUGCAGGCAGGCUGGUCUAAAUAAAUGUUUUGUACAUUGUG